AUGCUGGGCAUCAUCCUUGGCAGUCGUGAACCGUUUAUAACAGCGCUUGAGUUGGCAGGGAAAAGAUACUACAGUAUCGUACUACUAUGGAAAUUUUGGUCAAGGCCCAAAAAUAGUUUCUCAUCCUAUUCACCAACCUCAAGCAACCAAGACUCCAUCUUCUCCUCCAACGCGAUGACAGGCAAAACCUGGUUUCUCCCUCCCGACUUUACCUUUCUUCCAGACGGCCAAAUUGCGCUCGGCAGCAUCAUCCCCAGCCCUCAACAACCAACCGCCAUUCUCGCCUCUGCCAUCUCCUACCCGACUGUCAUCCUGCCAGAGGUCAAGUCCAUCACGGAGAAAAACCUCAGUUUCUCAGCCGAAAAAAGCCGUUCUUUGGGGCUCGCGCUCUUUGCCAAGGUUCUCAACGUCGGAAACGCCAAGAUCAAUGUGUCAUGGUACAAGAACAAAACCUUUAGCGCCGUGGAUCAUGAGGUGCGGACAUACCACGGAGCCUUCGCUCCAGAGACCUUGAGAGCAAUCUUGGCGCUUGAUAAUGUUCAGAGGCACAUUGACGGAGGACGUUUUGGCAAGCGCCAUGUAUACAUCAUCACGGGCUUACGUGUGGUGCGAGAGAGCCUUACAGUUACAGAAGAGAAGAGGAGAAAUACGGCAACUUCUGUUAAAGCAUCAGGAUUUAUUCCCACUGGCAUAAUGCCCGCCGUUCUAGGGGCCACGGUCGCUGGUAAAACAGAGGAUAGAGCCAGCAGUAGCUAUGAGACAGCGCCGGGAAUCGUUUUCGCAUAUCGGCUACACGUAAUUCGGCCUAAGAAUAUAGGUGCCGAUGUCGAGCUAUUUUCUGAUAGGACAGCAUUUUUCAGCGGUGAAGCUGAAGAUGUCGAGCCUGAGAUGGAGAUUGUUGAGGUGGACGGCGCAGUGUACCGAGAAGAUUUGGAUGCAGAGCAAGAUGGUUAUGAAGAGAAGCGGCUCGAAGGAGUAGACAAUGACUCCUAUAUCGUGUUUCAAAGCCAGCCUCUGGCAAUUGAGAGCGAAUUACUGAAACGUAGUCAACAUAUGCCAGAAGGCGUAUAAAGAAAGAAUUAUUC